AUGGCGUUGCAACAACACAAUUCACACUAUGUCAUUGUCAUUAUCGGAGCUGGCCCUGUCGGCCUAAUGCUUUCAACUUGCCUAGCUCGCUGGGGCUAUAAAAUAAAGCACAUCGAUAACCGGCCGGAGCCGACGCCCACGGGGCGCGCAGAUGGCAUCCAGCCCCGGUCUCUCGAUUUGCUCCGGAAUAUGGGCCUCAAGUCUGCCAUCAUGGCGCACAAACCUGCGCGUGUAUUUGAGGUUGCAUUCUGGGACCCCUCAGAUUCGACGCCUGGCAUUCAGAGGACAGGUACCUGGGCGUCGUGUCCAGACUUCGUCGACGCGCGCUACCCAUUCACUACUCUGCUACACCAGGGCCACAUCGAACGAGUCUUUCUUUCGGACCUUGAAAAAAAUGGCGUCGAGGUUCAACGCCCGUGGACCAUCACCGGCUUUCAGUCGGACGAGUCCCAAAAUCCAGAGUACCCUGUCACCGUGCAACUUGAACACGUCGACGGCAAUGCAAAGGAGCAAAUACAUGCCAAGUAUCUCUUCGGUGGCGAAGGGGCCAGAUCAUUUGUCCGACAGCAGUUGAAUAUUGACAUCCGCCACAAAGAUCCUAUUUCUCACGUCUGGGGUGUCAUGGAUGGGGUUGUGCAUACCGACUUUCCAGACAUCAAGAUGAAAUGUACCAUUCACAGCCAUCAUGGAUCCAUCAUGGUUAUUCCUCGCGAAAAUAACAUGGUCCGUCUUUACAUCCAAAUUGCGUCGUCGACGGAUCCAGAUUGGAACCCCCGCACAACAGCCACCGCAGAGCAGGUCCAGGAAUCCGCCAAAAAGAUUUUCCAGCCAUAUUCCAUCACAUGGGAACGCCUUGAGUGGUAUUCUGUGUACCCCAUCGGACAGGGUCUCUCCGAUCGCUAUUCGCUAGACCAGCGUGUCUUCCUUGGUGGCGACGCCUGUCAUACGCAUAGCCCCAAGGCUGGCCAAGGUAUGAACACGGCUUUCUUGGACGCACAGAAUUUGGCAUGGAAGAUACAUGCCGUAGAGGCUGGCUUCGCUAGUCGUGACAUUCUGAAGACAUACGAGGCGGAACGUCGUAGCGUUGCUGAAGCUCUGUUGGACUUUGACAACCGCUACGCAAAGCUCUUUUCGCAACGACCUCCCGAGCAAGGCGAUGUCGACGCGGCUUCAAAAUCUCACCCAGUGGACGAAAUGACUGAUAACGAAUUCAUCAAGACGUUUAAAGAGUCUUGCGAAUUUACGAGCGGAUAUGGCGUCUCCUACGGACCCAACGAGCUCAACUGGUCGUCCAAGCAUAAUGCUCAGUCUUCCUUGAUCAACCCUGCCGGAACCACACUCACCACCGGUCGAAUCUUCAAGAACUCUGAUGUAACAAGGGUUUCCGACGCGAAUGUUGUUCAUCUUGAGCAGGAAGUGCCGUGGAAUGGAGCUUUCAGACUGUUUCUUUUUGCCGGCAACCCCAGCAAAACUGCUACUGCCGUCACUGACUUCGCCCACCAUCUUCAGGAUCAGCGCUCAUUCUACGCCAAGUACCUGCGAGACGACAUUGACGAAGUGUCGCAUCAUGAGAAUCAUAACCCUCAUAGCCUUUUCUUCACAAUUUGCACGAUCAUUGCCGCAAAACGCCACCAGAUAGAAAUUAACAGGCAGCUUCCUCCCCUGCUGGCGCGAUACCGCAAUCAUGUCUACGCGGAUGAUCGCUGGGAUCGCCAUUUCCCUAACGCUACUGCCACUGCACAUGCUCGUAUGGGACUCGAUUCUGAGGAGGGAGGCGUUGUCGUUGUCCGACCCGAUGGCUACGUCGCUAUCGUCAUCCGCCUAGUCGAAGGCAGCGGCACCGUCGAAGCUCUGAACGAAUACUUUUCCGCCUUUUGCACGAAGAAAAUGGGCGGUCUUGCAUCACAUUUGUAA